AUGAAGACCAUCGAUUUGCCAUCGGAAUCAUCUGAUGCUUGUUUGCUUCUGUCGCUUCCAGAAGAUGUAUUAGCUCUAAUCUCUCGAUUUCUGUCUCCAAGUGACAUCUGCAAUCUAAGCCUAUGCUGCAAAAGCCUCUGUAGCCUUGUGGAUUCAGAGAGGAUCUGGAUUGUACAGUGUGAAGUAGUAAAGGUCCUUCCUUUACCUGAAAUAGUCCAAUGGCGAAUCGGGAUCUCUUCUUACAAGGCGCUUUGUAGGUUUCUUGAUGAGGUAAUGAAGCCUCUUGUUGGGGUUUGGGUUCACCAAAACCCUGAACUUGGGAACGUUGUUCAUGUCAUGCCUGGUUUCUUGUCCCUUGUCGCUUGCCGGAUAAUCCCACAAGAGGUUGGUCCUUUAGGGAUUCAACAAGGUCGGGUCAUGUGGUCGCCGGUGUUUGAGAUAAUCUGCGGUUUCGAUGGCUCCGCCGCGUUUUUCCUCCAUGGGAGAGACGGAGAAUGCAGUUCCUUGUAUCCUGGUUUUGUCAUGGGCGUUGAGAAGAGUUGCAAUGUGCUUUUACUCGAGGUUGAGCCAAGGCGAGAGAAGAGGUUGUGCGGUGAGACUGAGAACGAUGUUCGGUUUUCGUUUUGUAAGCUAGCUUUUAGCGAUAGGAGGAAGUUGCUUGAGAUAGUGACGGGACGUGUAGGUUUACCUCAACCUGAGCUAUCAAGUGGGAAGCUGUUUCGCUGUUCGAAAGACGAUGAAGCGAUGUUGUUGGAACGGAGAACAAUGCUGCUUAAGAUGCAUAAGUUUGGUGGGAACUGGAACCACAUGAAGCUUGAGGAUGAGUUGUGUUAUGAUCCAAAUCAGGUAGACAGUAAUGAGUUUUGGAAGAGUCUUGGUUAUGGAGACAUGGACGAUGAGAAUCAGAUACAUGGCACACAAAGGAAGGGAUUUAGCAAGUAUUUCAAAAGUGGCAUCAAGCAUAUCCUGAGAAAGUCUAGUUCAAGUAGUACUUCAAAGAACUCGUCUUCUUCGACAAGCAGUGGGAUUAAACGUUUGAAUCUGCAAAGCUUUCUUAGCUCUGGUGAUUUUGUUGGUCUUAGUGUCAAAGCUUCAAAGACUAAGCUUUCUUCGUACAGAGGAACAUUUGGUUGGCCGCCUGGGAAAUGUACUGAAGAGAAACCAGGAAAGGCUCUGUUUUUAGUGAUGCUCACUUAUGAAGAAUCUCAAGAUGAGAGUGAGAGACUUCUUAUAGGGACGAAAAUACUUGAAGGUACUCACUACGUGAUGCAUCCUAAUGGAUCAGCAAUGUUUGCUGUAAAGAUUGGUUCUCCUUCUUUUGAGCUCUUUCCUUUUGAUGAUACAAAUGGAGAAGAUUUUGAGUAUUCUUACGCAGGAGAAGGUAUUGCGAAAGGUUAUGGUUUCAGGUAUCCUGGUUACAAACCGGGUUCACUGUUUGUGACAUCUAAAGGUCUUCUCAUGUUUGUUUGGAAAGAAACUAGAGUUGUGUUGACAUUGCAAAGACUUGAUCUUGAAGAUCUUUUGAAGAAAGGUGUGUGUGUAUCUCCUUUGCCUCCAUGUCUGAAUUUUACUUACCUGACAAAAUCUCACACCAAUGUGUUUUUACACCGGGGAGAAGAACAUCAUAGAAGACUCCUGCAACAGAUUUUCAGAUUUGAAGCUCACAAGUCUUUUGUUGUUUCCUGUAUAAUCUGUUUAUAG